AGCGGCCAGUUCUGUUGGAAUUACAAACAACCUUAGAAUUACCUUUGCAAUCUCCAAUCGUCAGAAGGAUUAAGAAAGGAACAUGAAACAAAGAAGACAGAGACAUCAUAUCGUUUCCUCUGGUGGCCUAUAGAAUUGCAUCCAUCUAACUGACACAGCUUUUCUCAGCCUGGCCAUGAUGCCCUUUCUAGAGGCAUGUCAGUCCCAAAAUAAAACCUGUAAUGAAACCUGUACAAGCCCAACAGACCUGGAACCUUUUUUGCAUUAUUCACUUCUUCCAUCAAUUGCCAUAAUUGUGGUGCUGUCUUGUCUUGAAAAAAGAGCCAGGAGAAAUGUCAUUGAUGAAAAAUGUCAUCUCCUCAACAGGAGGUGUGGGGUUGUUAUACCCUUGGAUUUAAUGGGAGUGUCCAGCAGUCGGUGGGCAAUGGGUUUUGCCUUUGGAGCAACAGCGAACAAAGUCAUGAUUCUGUUUGCAGAUGGUUAUUUCCCUCUGCGAGUGCUGCCACAGUGGAUUAAAGCCAUUGCUAUUCUGAUUGGUGCCACAGAAGUGGGUCUUUCCUCCUAUCCUUUCUUUGCUUGCCUUUCAACAAAUGUCCAGAUCACGGGGGCCACACUUGGAUUCCUUUACACGGGAGCUUGGUUUGUAGUUAUAGUUGUGCAGAUUGGACAGUGCCCACAUGGACAGAUUUUGGGGGAUUAUGAGAAGAUCAUUUUCUAUUGGCCUUCCUUGGUCUGCCAGCUUUUCCUGCUAGGGAAAUUUAUUCACAUGUUAAUAAAAGUGUCAUGGGCCCAACUCCAGACAGGACUUACAACUGACAACACUACUUUACUGGAGACCCAUCAGGCUCACUAUGUCCAGCAAUUGUUGAGAAAACCUCCACUGCAGAAGCCUCAGAAAUCUUGGAUCCAGCAGAACAUUUAUGAAUGGGAUCCUUACUUUCAAUUUCCCAGCCGAAUGAUCAGUACAAUGGUGCUUGCGAUCAUCUGCCUGUACAUGUUUGUUGUGAUUGAGUGUUAUGUUUACAAGCUUGUUUCAUGUACGCUGGUAAUUCUGAUGUCAAAUUCUGAGAUGCUUCCAGCUUCCAGCAACGUGUCAGAUGUCCAACCCUUGAAGGAAUUCAUUGAAGUUGUGAAAGGUGUUUGGAUCUUCACUGUUGGCUCUGCCUGUCUCACAAGUGUCAGCUACGUGUUCCAUAUCUUAGUCUGCUACAGAAAACAUAUCAAGAGGCUACGGGCUGGACAGAAGCAAUUCCUUCCAGUGUUAUUUAGCAAAGUUUCAUCUUCUCAAAGCGUGGUAGCAAUUGCAAGGUAUUCUGGUUGGCAGAUUGCCUAUCUACUCUGGGGUUACCUGAUCAUCCACAUCAUGCAAUGCCUCUUUGGGGUCAUGUUCAUUUAUGGUCUGGUGUUGCCCAUCAAGAAGGGUCAGGGGAUAGAAAUGGCUAAAAGUUUGGGAACUGGGAUCUUCACUCUUGCCGUUGUCAUAGGAAUCCUUGUGCUGCAGAUGAAGACAGCCAGCAGAUUUUUUCUUCAGCCAAAGAUUUUGCCAGAUGACAAGGAAAAGCCUUUGGCUCUUGACAACAGAAAAGCGUUCCACAAUUUCAACUACUUCCUGUUCUUCUCUAAUGUAAUGCUCGGCCUGAGUGCCUGUCUCUUCCGGCUCUUGUGCAGUGGCAUCAUGGGAGCCUGGCUGAUUGCUCGGAUUGAUAGGACCAUCAUGCCUAAAGGCUAUGAAGUGGCUGACAUGGGAUAUAAGACGUGGAUUGGGAUGCUUUUUAUGGACCACUAUCACACAAAUCCCAUUCUUCUUUGCUUUGGCCACCUUCUUGCAGUCAAAAGUAGAGAGAAUCAGCAGCAAAAAGACACAUACUCUUGUCACGUCGAUCAGUUAACAGAUUUUAGGGUGUCCAAGAAGGCCAGGACAAGAUGGCUGCUGCUUUAUACCCUUCUAAAGAACCCCUGCCUCUCUGCGCUCAGGAAGCCGAGAUGAGGAUCUAAGCCUGUGAAGUGCGCCACUGCACUGUUUUGCCUGAAUAGGGUUGGGUGGUUCCACAAGUGCAGUAGAAUGAACAGAACAGAACAGAGAAAAUGUCAUGUCCUUUGCAUAUGACUACCUACUAGUCAGCUAGAAGCAUAUGGUGAUGAAGAAAUCUUGAAGGAUAUUUGUUAUGGAUAUUUCUACUGUAUUGAAACCCACUUCCAGUUGAGUUGGAUUCAGAUGAAUAUGAUUGCUUCUGUGGUAGAUCACCUUCCUUUCAAAUAUUCAGACUGCAUUCAUUUCAAGCAUAGGAUUAUUACAUGUGAAGCCAGAGGCCAUUACAUGAAUGUUGCACAGAGCAACGUGUAAAGGAAUCAGUUGUUUUAUUAUUGUUUUUAAAUUUCAUUGUAAACUGUUUUCAAAGAUUUGGGGAAAGUGGAUUAUAAACGCUUCACAUAAAUAAGAAAGGAAGCACAUAAAUAUAUCCAUUAAAGAUGGAAUCCCCAAGCAUUUAUAUAAUAACUGAUUAAAAUAAGGAUGUUGUUUAAAUAUAAUCUGUGUGAACUCACCAAGAUCUUGUUUCACUAAAAUAUGCACCCAAGUA